UAACCUGUGCCAGCGAGCACGCUGCUGGGGAACGAACAUGGCGGGUCCGUGGUGGAGGCAGUGCCGGAGGUGGAGUACAAAGUGUACGAGCACGGGUUUAUUUGAAAGCUUGUGGUGUUUGAAGGCCAGACCCGUGUCCGUCUCCGCGUCCUCUCUGCUGCGGUUAUCCUGGAGCUCCGGGCCGAGGAACGAGGGGCAGCCGUCACCUUUACCAACGCAGAUAAACCUGAAAACUCUAAGCUUUACCUCAUCUUUCACCAGACACAAGUCACAGUUUCUGGAUCCCACAUUACUGUCUUGCAGUUGCAGAAAGAUGCACAGUGAUGCGAAGCCAAAGGACCCCUUCGCAUUAGCCCAGAAAGAUUUAAAAAGUUUAUACGAUGACAUCAGAAAGGAACUAUUUGUAUCCAAAGAUGAGCUGAAGUAUCUUUGUGACUACUACUUUGAUGGCAAAGGCAAGGCCAUCCGACCAAUGAUAGUUGUCCUGAUGGCCCGGGCACUCAACAUCCACAGCAACAGAUCUGGAGAUUUGCUCCCAGGGCAGAGGGCCAUAGCUAUGAUCUCAGAAAUGAUCCACACUGCCAGCCUUGUGCACGACGAUGUCAUAGAUGGAUCAGACAAGCGAAGGGGAAAGAGAACAAUCAAUGAAAUGUGGGGUGAAAGAAAGGCUAUCUUGGCUGGAGACUUCAUCCUCUCAGCUGCCUCCAUGGCCUUGGCUCGUAUCGGUAACAACACAGUGGUAAAGGUGUUGUCUCAGGUGAUAGAGGACCUGGUGCGAGGUGAGUUCAUGCAACUGGGUUCCAAAGAGAACGAGAACGAGAGAUUCAAACACUACCUCGAGAAAACCUUUAAGAAGACAGCGAGUCUCAUUGCAAACAGUUGUAAAGCAGUAUGUACGUUCUGUCUCCCACAAAUAUCACUGAGUUGGAGAAAAAGCAUCGGUUUCCACACUUACUGCUUUUUGUUGACUGUUGCAUCUCUUUCAUCCAAGGUAUCCAUCCUGGUAAACUCUGAUCCUGAUGUUCAUGAAAUAGCCUACCAGUAUGGGAAGAAUGUUGGCAUCGCAUUUCAGCUGGUGGAUGAUGUCUUAGACUUCACAUCAGGAGCCAAUCAGCUGGGGAAGCCUUCGGCUGCAGAUCUCAAACUGGGCUUGGCCACGGGCCCGGUCCUGUUUGCUUGUCAACAGUUUCCUGAGCUCCAUGCAAUGAUCAUGAGACGCUUUAGCUCCAAAGGAGACGUAGAUCGAGCCUGGCAGUACGUCCUUCAGAGUGAUGGCGUGCAACAGACCAACUACCUGGCCCGGCGCUACUGCCAAGAAGCAAUCAGGCAGAUCAGCAUGCUCAGGCCGUCGGCAGAGAGAGACGCCCUCAUCAGGCUCACUGAGAUGGUCCUUACCAGAGACAAGUGAACCUUCACUGCCCGGCUUCACUUCAGGCAGCUAUCUGUACAAAUCAACUCUGCCCCUCUCUCCCUCCCUGCGUCUGCAAGGGCCAGGGUAGGACAAAAACGGUGAGAAGCGGAGGAGUUUGGUUUGGAAGGACCCCUGCUGCUGGUUUUGGUGCCGACUCUGAAUUAAUAUGGCAGCAAGCUAAUUCAUCACAACACUUAAUCAAAACAGAAUGCAGGGGUCUCUCUGAAACGAUAUCUUUUCAUGGCGCUCUCAACCUCUUCCAGAAAUAUACAUGUGGGUGAGCUGCUUCAUAAUGAUAUACACAUGGUUUUUGUGGGGAAGAAAUACAUUGGAUGUCACUAAACUGCAUACAGUACUGUAACAACCUCCCAUGCCUCAAACUAGUCGACUGUGACUGACAGUUUGUUACAUGCCAAUCUGUGUGACUCCGAACGCAAUGGAGGUGAAACAUUGUCUUGGAUUUGUGUCAUUGUCCUUGGUGAUCCGUCCACACCUCAGAGGCCAAACAAUCAUGUGUCUUGUGAAAUGUUGCAAGGUUCCUGCAAAGUGCACUGUAACAACAAAGGCCUUAACAUCUACAAUGACUCUGUGCUCAAUAAACCUAUUGAUUAUAA